UCUUGGGGUCCCGCGCUCCAGAGAAGAGCGCGCAGCCCAGCGACUACCGACGGCGGGGGCCGAGCCCGGCGCCCAGGGCCCAGGGCCUCCCUCUCCGCGGCGCGGGCUCCGCACCCGACUUCCCCGCGGGCCGAUCGCGGGGUCCCGGGCGCCGAGCAGGGAGCCCUCCCGGCGGCAGGGGCGAGCGCGGACUCCGAGGGCCGGAGCCGCCCGGGCCGGGCAGCGCGCUCCCCGCAGAGGCUGGCCCAGCACCUGAGGGCUGGCAGACUCCUCGGCGGGACCCACAGAGCGGAGCGCGCCGGGCCGCGGAUGAAGAGUCUUGUGCGGCGGCCCGAGCGGCCCGCGCGCUGAGAGGAGCGGGCAGGGCCCCCAGCCGCUCCGAGGCCCCCGCCCGCCGCGCCUCCGCCCGCCGUGGCGCCCGGCGGACCCAGCGCAGCCGUCGCUGGAGGAGCCGGAGCCCGCGGGCCCGACAAGCGGCGGUACAUGCAGGUAUGGUGGAGAGCCUGUCCCCUUUAAAGUAGCGCUCUGCAGCACGAGCUUGUCCACACUGCGUUCAAACAGCUACCACUCAGUUCUGUGAGGUCAUCUUACUGGAAACCAAGGGAGCCCAGUUUUGGAAGCCGGCAGUCCCGGGUGUCUUCCCAGGGCACUGAGGAGGGCUGAGGCCGACCAUGCCCGGCCUGCUGCUGCUCACCGCUGCGCUGCUCUCCAGCUGGGCUCAGCUUCCAGCCGAAGCCAGCUCCUGGUGGUCAUUAGCUAUGAACCCGGUGCAGAGACCUGAGAUGUUCAUCAUCGGUGCCCAGCCUGUGUGCAGCCAGCUUCCUGGGCUCUCCCCUGGCCAGAGAAAGCUGUGCCAGCUGUACCAGGAGCACAUGGCCUACAUAGGGGAGGGAGCCAAGACAGGCAUCAAGGAGUGCCAGUACCAGUUCCGGCAGAGGCGGUGGAACUGCAGCACCGUGGACAACACAUCUGUCUUUGGGAGGGUCAUGCAGAUAGGGAGCCGCGAGACCGCCUUCACCUACGCAGUCAGCGCAGCGGGGGUGGUGAACGCCAUCAGCCGGGCUUGCCGGGAGGGUGAGCUCUCCACAUGUGGCUGCAGCCGGACAGCACGGCCCAAGGACCUUCCCCGGGACUGGCUGUGGGGUGGCUGUGGGGACAACGUGGAGUAUGGCUACCGUUUUGCUAAAGAGUUUGUGGACGCCCGGGAGCGGGAGAAGAACUUUGCCAAGGGGUCGGAGGAGCAGGGCCGGGUGCUCAUGAACCUGCAGAACAACGAGGCAGGUCGAAGGGCUGUGUAUAAGAUGGCAGAUGUAGCCUGCAAAUGCCACGGUGUCUCUGGGUCCUGCAGCCUCAAGACGUGCUGGCUCCAGCUGGCUGAGUUCCGCAAGGUGGGGGACCAGUUGAAGGAGAAGUAUGACAGCGCAGCUGCCGUGCGCAUCAGCCGCAGAGGCAAGCUGGAGCUGGUCAACAGCCGCUUCAACCCGCCCACCCCCGAGGACCUGGUGUACGUGGACCCCAGUCCCGACUACUGCCUGCGCAACGAGACCACGGGCUCCCUGGGCACCCAGGGCCGCCUCUGCAACAAGACCUCGGAGGGCAUGGACGGCUGCGAGCUCAUGUGCUGUGGCCGCGGCUAUGACCAGUUCAAGAGCGUCCAGGUGGAGCGCUGCCACUGCAAGUUCCACUGGUGCUGCUUCGUCAAGUGCAAGAAGUGCACGGAGGUCAUCGACCAGUAUGUCUGCAAAUAGCCAGGGUGCCCCACCCUCCGGUCCUCUCCUCCACUCCGCCUCACAGAAAUUUAUAUUUUAUAAAUCUAUAUAAAUAUAUUUUAUAUUUGUAUAAAUGAAUGGAUCGAUGAUAAAUAAUUAAGAGAAGAAAAUGGAAAGGAAAAGCUUAUUUAAGAGAUGCUGGAGAUCUUUGAGGAUGGACUUUGCUGGUUGGCAACUCACAGUGAGGGGGACAAAGGUCUUUUUUUCCCUCCAUCUGGCGGGGACUCUCAGGAUGUAGGGACUUGGGAAUAUUCGCUGUCUAUCCACCAUGACCCUUGAGAGAGGUGGUGGUUAGAUGGAGAAGAUGACUUUGUCUGGAAGUCUGGAGUCUUUGCUGGGUAGAUGACUGCUUUGUGACCCCAGCCUUUGGGCCAGAGGACCCUGUGGAAGGUGGCAGGAACUCAGCUUAAACCUUGACGUCUUUAGGGUGUCGCCCAGAAUAUGGAUCGGUUCUGUGACAGGCCCAGUGCUUUCCUACCUUUUCAUUGGUAUGCGUACUUGGAGAAUCUACGUUACAGAAAUGAGGAGAGGUCCGAUGUCAUCUCUGACAGGUGACUACAGCGGGACCCGCACCACCCCAGACUCACAGGCCUGUCUUUCCAGUGAGAAUUACUCUUCCUCUACAGUUCAUUAGCUCCUGCCACAAGUUCCCUGCACCAGGAGGAGAGGGGGUCAUUUGGCCUGCCAUGUCAGGAAAGACAUGGACUGAGUACUUGUGCCUCAGCUGCAGAAAGCUGGGUGCGUAUCCGGACUGAGUGAACGUUGCACUGUGCUCCCACCAGGGAGAGGAAACUUGUGAUGCUGCUGCUGUCACGUCCUCCAUCAAGGAAGGCCUCACGAACGACAGGAAGCGUAGCUAGGUCAGGCUCGGCUGGCCUGGCAUGGUCUCUUCAUCUCUACCCCAGAUGUACAGUUUCUCUGACAUUAAAU